GAAAGUUUGUUUACACGUCUGCCAUGACCUCAUUUGUUUUCUGGGGUGCCCCCACAUUUGUGUCAGUGGUCACGUUCGUUGCUUGCAUGCUUUUGGGGAUCCCACUUGAGUCGGGGAAGAUCUUAUCUGCACUUGCAACAUUCAGGAUUCUUCAAGAGCCUAUCUACGGUCUUCCAGACUUAAUUUCAAUGAUAGCACAAACUAAGGUAUCCCUUGAUAGAAUUGCAUCAUUCCUUAGUCUUGAUGACUUGCCUCCUGACGUUAUAGAGAACCUUCCAAGAGGUAGUUCUGAUACAGCAAUUGAGAUAGUCGAUGGGAAUUUCUCUUGGGAUUUAUCAUCCCCUAGUCCAACAUUGAAGGAUCUAAAUUUCAAAGUGAGCCAAGGUAUGAGGGUUGCUGUUUGUGGUACUGUUGGCUCAGGCAAGUCUAGCUUACUUUCUUGUAUUCUGGGAGAAGUUCCGAAGAUAUCGGGGACUCUUAAAAUGUGUGGGACAAAGGCCUAUGUUUCUCAGUCACCGUGGAUACAGAGUGGCAAGAUAGAGGAAAACAUAUUGUUUGGUCAAGAGAUGGACAGAGAAAGAUAUGAGAGGGUGCUUGAAGCAUGUUCAUUAAAGAAGGACCUGGAAAUUCUAUCGUUUGGUGAUCAGACAAUUAUAGGGGAGAGGGGAAUCAAUUUAAGUGGUGGACAGAAGCAAAGAAUACAAAUUGCACGUGCUCUGUAUCAAGACGCUGAUAUUUAUCUGUUUGAUGAUCCUUUUAGCGCUGUUGAUGCUCAUACAGGAUCACACCUUUUUAAGGAAUGCUUGCUGGGUCUCUUGGGUUCAAAAACAGUAAUCUUUGUUACUCAUCAAGUGGAGUUCUUACCUGCUGCUGACCUCAUCUUGGUCAUGAAAGACGGAAGGAUUACUCAAGCAGGAAAGUUCAAUGACAUUCUUAAUUCAGAAACUGAUUUUAUGGAACUUGUGGGAGCACACGCGGAAGCUUUGUCCGUGCUUAAUUCUGCAGAGGUGGAGCCAGUAGAAAAAAUAAGCGUUAGCAAAGAAGAUGGAGAAUUUGCUAGUACUAGUGGGGUUGUCCAAAACGUAGAAGACACUGAUGUUCAAAAUUCUAAAACAGAUGAUUUACCAAAAGGGCAGCUUGUUCAAGAAGAAGAGAGAGAGAAAGGUAGAGUUGGGUUGUCAGUCUACUGGAAGUACAUCACCACAGCAUACGGAGGUGCUCUUGUUCCGUUUAUCUUGCUUGCACAGGUUCUCUUUCAGGUCCUUCAAAUUGGAAGCAAUUACUGGAUGGCUUGGGCAACUCCUGUUUCAGAGGAUGUGAAACCUGCUGUUGAAACCUCUACACUUCUAACUGUUUAUGUUGCUUUGGCCGUUGGAAGUUCUUUUUGUAUCCUCUUCAGAUCCAUGUUUCUUGCAACAGCUGGGUACAGGACAGCCACUCUACUCUUUAGUAAAAUGCAUUCAUGCGUUUUCCGUGCUCCCAUGUCUUUCUUUGAUGCCACUCCAAGUGGACGAAUCCUAAACAGAGCUUCUACAGACCAAAAUGUAGUGGACUUGAACAUGCCGGGUCAAAUUGGGGCCCUUGCCAACUCAUUGAUCCAGCUUCUGGGAAUUAUUGCAGUGAUCUCGCAAGUUGCUUGGCAGGUUUUCAUCAUUUUUAUCCCUGUGAUUGCAAUCUGUAUCUGGUUACAGCAAUACUACAUACCUUCAGCACGAGAACUGGCACGGUUGGUUGGGGUAUGCAAAGCUCCAGUGAUACAACACUUUGCUGAAACAAUUUCAGGUUCGACAACUAUUAGGAGCUUCAAUCAAGAAUCAAGAUUUAGGGAUACAAACAUGAAACUGAUGGAUGGUUAUGGUCGGCCUAAUUUUCAUACUGUGGCUGCAAGGGAGUGGCUAUGUUUUCGCUUGGAUAUGUUGUCAUCUAUAACUUUUGGAUUCUGUUUGGUUUUCUUGAUCUCUAUUCCAGCAGGGGUGAUUGAUCCAGGUGUUGCGGGCUUAACUGUCACAUAUGGACUUAAUCUAAACACGUUACUGGCGUGGUUUAUAUGGAAUCUUUGCAAUGUAGAGAACAGAAUUAUAUCAGUGGAGAGAUUACUACAGUACACUACCAUUCCCAGUGAGCCUCCUCUUGUAAUAGAAUCCAAUCAGCCAGAUCGUUCUUGGCCAUUACGUGGAAAAGUUGACAUACAUGAUCUUCAGGUCCGUUAUGCCCCACACAUGCCGCUUGUGUUGCGAGGUAUCACAUGUACCUUUCCUGGAGGAAUGAAAACUGGGAUUGUGGGUAGAACUGGCAGUGGCAAAUCGACUCUCAUACAGACCCUUUUCCGAAUUGUGGAUCCUGCUUCUGGCCAGAUUUUGAUAGAUGGUAUUGAUAUAUCUUCAAUUGGACUGCAUGAUCUAAGGUCUAGGCUGAGCAUUAUCCCUCAGGACCCAACCAUGUUUGAAGGGACUGUAAGAAGCAAUCUGGACCCACUUGAAGAGUACACAGAUGAGCAAAUUUGGGAGGCCCUGGAUAAGUGUCAACUUGGAGAUGAAGUUAGGAGAAAGGACGGAAAGCUGGAUGCCACAGUUAGUGAGAAUGGAGAGAACUGGAGUAUGGGUCAGAGGCAGUUGGUCUGCCUUGGCCGUGUGCUGCUCAAGAAAAGUAAGGUCUUGGUGCUUGACGAAGCUACCGCGUCGGUCGAUACAGCUACAGAUAAUCUCAUCCAGCAGACCCUUCGCCAACACUUUACUGACUGUACAGUCAUCACUAUUGCACAUCGUAUAACUUCUGUUCUUGAUAGUGACAUGGUUCUGCUUCUGAGUCAUGGUCUUAUUGACGAAUAUGAUUCUCCUGCAACCUUGCUCGAGAACAAGUCGUCAUCUUUUGCUCAGCUUGUGGCAGAGUACACAAUGAGGUCGAAUUCCAGUUUUGAGUAGUUCGACUGACAAUUGAAAUUCCAAAUCUUCAUUAUGAACUACUCAACUUGGUAGCUGUUUUCAUAAUGACGAAACAUAAGCGGUGAGGUCCAAAGCAAUAGAACUGGGUGAUCAAGUUAAAGUUUGCAGUGUAUUUUAGGCUAUAUUCUGCUGCAAAUAUUGUAUGGUUAAGUACUUUCAAGUAAUUUUGAUACUGAGAGCUCAAUAUAGGUGUGAAAUUUUGUGGUCGAAUAAAGUAAUUGUAAGUUGAUUGAACUCCUAUGCAAAACAUCCUCUCAUUGAAUAGAUAAAUGGCUCUGUAAUUGGAAAAUUUUGUAAGUAAA